GCCUCGUUCCGCAGCCAAAUCCUGCUCCAGAUCCCCUACACUACAUCUCGAUCGACGGCAUUCCGGCGCUCAAUCCCAACCAGACCUUUGCGUCUUAGGGCUUUAUUAAAUACCCUCUUCUUCCUUCAACCUCACAGCCUUUCUUCCUCUGCCUUACUUUUUGCCACCGUGUAUGCCUUCAACCUUAAUAUCAUUACACUCAACAAGCUCCAUCUCAUCCUCGACUCUAUUGGUCUAUGCGGUAACCUAUUCCACUUACACCACCAAUUCCCUUGUCCCAAAUAGGUCGGCCUAGAACAUCGUCAUCAACCUGUUAGCCUUUGCCAGCUAGGGGGCUAGCGCCUGUGCGAUUACUCGAAAGCCUCUUCAGCCGGCUAAAGAAACCAUCAUAAUACCCUACCAACACACUGUCUCAUAGCCAGCACCAUGAGCCAUACCGUGAACUCGAGCACCAUGAACCCAUGGGAGGUUGAGGCGUAUCAGCAAUACCACUAUGACCCUCGAACCGCGCCCACUGCCAACCCUCUCUUCUUCCAUACGCUCUACGCUCCCGGCGGUUAUGACAUUAUGGGCUAUCUGAUUCAGAUUAUGAACAGGCCAAACCCCCAGGUAGAACUGGGACCUGUUGACACGUCAUGCGCUUUGAUCCUGUGCGACCUGAAGCAAAAAGACACGCCAAUUGUGUACGCCUCGGAAGCUUUUCUCUAUAUGACAGGAUACAGCAAUGCGGAGGUCUUGGGGAGAAACUGCCGUUUUCUUCAGUCACCCGACGGAAUGGUCAAGCCGAAAUCGACAAGGAAGUACGUCGACUCCAACACGAUCAAUACGAUGAGGAAAGCGAUUGAUAGGAACGCCGAGGUGCAGGUUGAGGUGGUCAACUUUAAGAAGAACGGUCAACGGUUCGUCAACUUCUUGACGAUGAUCCCGGUGCGAGAUGAGACAGGGGAAUACCGGUACAGCAUGGGUUUCCAGUGCGAAACGGAAUGAAAGCGGCGAGUUAAGAAUGGAGAGGAGAAAAGAAAAGGGGGGAGAGCGAAAGAGAAGUGGGAUGAGAGGCAACAGUCACAGCACCUCCACGGCGCAAUCACAACAACUACAACCACAACAAGACCAACAUCAACAUCAACAUCAACAAACAAGGGGAGGGAGUUAGACACGAUGUCAUCUGGCAUACGUCGCGGCGUUUGAGGGUUUUACUUUUUUGUUUGCUGUCAUUCCGGGAUUUCUCAUGUUUGGCUAGGGGCUUCACAUCAACAUCAUUGCGAAAGGCGUCUUAUUCUGCGAUCGGGCAUGGCGAUGAGAUUGGUCUUUAUUCUUCAUCUUUAUAUUCCCACAUAUACAUAUCAUAACAGUCAUCCGCUUUCUCACUUCCGUCGUUUCUCAAAAAAUUGUUUGGUUCUUCUUUUACCGCAUCACCUAUUAUUACAUUAUCAUCUGUCAAGAUGACAGAGCGGCAUUCUGGCCCUGCUUUAGAUCUUCAUCUUCAGGUUGCUUUGGAUAAGGCAAAUCGCAAGAGAAGUGGAUCUUUCGAUGAGGCGCUUUUCCAUCGGCUUUUACGUUAUGAUGCGGGAAGCAAGCAGGCAGGCUUGUUGGGUAGGGAAUAGACUGGCAGAAGCGGUAGGAGAGAGUUAUCAGUCUCGCAAAUCAAGGAAGGGGUCGAGGAUACAGGAGAGAGAACGCGAUGACUAUCGUUGCUACCGCGAGGCCAAAAGGUUUUGGAUUGGAACAGUUAUUCGAGUGGGCCACUGCAAUGAAUUCACAUAUCAUUCCGCCAAAUAUGGAAACGGAAUUCUGCAAACACCGAAACAUCAACAGAACGAAUCCUUUCUACUCCCAUCAAUGGCCAAGCCAGCGCUUAAACUAUAUUACUGUGCCAUUGUCACACGCCACAGAGAGCGUUCAUCAAAGGGCUGAUCAAUGAUUUAAAGACGCAAACCGUUUGACAUUCAACUUUCCUUGGACCGUCCAUCAUUCCGUUGUCAAACCGUCGAGGUCGUCACGCCGGGACAGUACUAGUUCUACCGUAUCCCACGCACAUAACCCCAACCCCGAUCCUUGAUCAGCACUUGAGUUACAUGGACUUCAACCGAGCCAACCAUUCAGAAAAAAGGCAACCACCACCCAGGCCAGGGGCAGCGAUCAGCCUCUCUCCGUCCCUGCUCUUUCCAAUCCCAUCUCGCGGAUGCAAAACCGACACUGACCGUCAACCGCCCAACCGCCCACGCCCGCAGCUCCCCCA